AUGAAGGUCGUCAAAACCAACUCAGUAUGCGACCUUGAAGGCACUGAGAUCACCACUGACGCCAACGCACAAACUGGCUUACUGUUGCCGUCUCUGACAUGGGUAAUUACCGAGAAGCUGAAGGAAAUCUCUCAUUUGGGAGACCAGAAAGACAUCGACGACGGGCUUGGGUCAUCCAUACACUGUCCUAAGACGGCAUUUUUGCGAAUCUAUCAGCAAAUCCCUAUCACCGAAACCCAGGAUUCGAAGUCAAGCAUUCGAGCAAAGCAGGCUAUUCCAACAAAAACUGCCAAUGAGUUAAAGUUAUUAAAGGAACUCAUGCAGAAGGGCUGUGAGUUUGCUCCUAAGCUUCUUGGCUACCAAGAAGCACAGCAAGAAUCUGACGAUAUCGUUCCCUCGGGCUUUAUCACCUACAUUGUCUGGGAGAAAGUUCCUGAGGUACCUCUAUCACAGUAUUCCUGGACGUAUGAGCUUCACGUACGCGAUGCUAUUCGCGCAAAAUUCCGUCGAGUCUACCAGCAUAUGUUAGGUUGCAAACUUUAUGGACCUAUUAAUAGGAAGGAGGAAUGGUCUGAUGUUUACUACGUCUUGUACGGACUGGCCAAACAACCCGACAGGGUAAAUUGGCACGUCGAUAGCAGUGAGUGGGGAUGGUGA